CCCCAAAAUCUAGGGUUAAGAGAAUUCGAUUCGGGGUCCUGCGGCUCUUCUUCAUCUCAAGCUAGGGCGUCUCUGAUCUAAGAUUCAACUGCGCAACAUGGGCCAUUCUAACGUUUGGAACUCACAUCCGAAGAACUACGGGCUGGGAUCCCGGGCUUGCCGUGUCUGCGGUAAUGUGCAUGGCUUGAUCCGUAAAUACGGCCUCAUGUGUUGCAGGCAGUGCUUCCGUAACAACGCCAAGGAGAUUGGAUUCAUCAAGUACCGCUGAGGAUCAAUGGGCUUUCAAGACGAGGAGGAAGAUGAAGGAGAAUACGUUUUAUAAAUGCAUGAUUUUCUGGUAGUUAUGCAAAUUUCUUUCUUGCAAACUUGGUUUUACAAGUUUUUUCUGUGUUGAAACUCUAGGCCUUUAUUGACCUUCUGUUGGCUUUUAAUUUC